AUCCAGCUAGUUGUGUUGUAUUUUUGUUGAUAGCAAGUGGAAAAAAGGCUUGUGUUUGCCGACUAAACUUUGCCCCAGCCAUGGAGGAAGUGACCCCUAGAUCUAACGAACACUGGAAACGGGCUUAUCUUGGUCCGCUGCCGGAUGAGUUUUUGCGAGUAACAACAGCGCAAGACAUUCAGGAAGUCUCCGAUAGGCAGGCAGCUUUGGCCCUUCAAAGCUAUCACAAUAGGUACACUCCCCAUAUGGCUCCCAACUUUGUCGGGCGGUUAAGCAUCACCAUCGCACAGGCUAAGCUGGUGAAAAACUACGGCAUCACUCGCAUGGAUCCGUACGUACGUUUGCGGGUGGGACACUUUGUGUAUGAAACGCAAACCGCUCCCAAUGGCGGAAGGAAUCCUCGCUGGAACCGUGUCAUACACUGUCAGCUACCGGCCGGGGUGGAUACGAUCGCGCUCGAAAUCUACGAUGAGUGUAACUUUUCCAUGGACGAACUGAUUGCGUGGGCUGAGAUUCGUAUCCCGCAGUCGGUGCUGCGUGGGGAAACGCACGAAGAUUGGUAUCCGCUGAGUGGCAAGCAGGGCGAUGGGCUCGAGGGUAGCAUCGAUAUGGUGAUGAGCUUUAACAAUAUGGUCGUACAGCCACGAAUGAUACAAACCAAUGCUCCGGUUGUGUUGGUACCGAACGUGGCCACUGGUACUCCGAUGCCUGUAUUCGUUGCCCCGAACCAGCCACAAGUAGCGCGGCCACCACCUCCAGUGCUGUCCGACGAUGAUCUGACCCGUAUUCACGAGAUGUUCCCGCAGGUCGAUAAGGAAGUGAUUAAAUCGGUCGCCGUCGCCAACAACCAGGAUCGUGACGCAGUCAUCAACGCGCUGCUGCAGAUGAGUAGCUAGAUUUUUGGAAGCGAAAACAAGAAAUGCUGCCACAGGCUGCAACAGAUAUGAUGGUGCGCUUAAAAUCGACCGCAUUUUAUUAGCUCCCGUGCCGCGCUUGGGCGAAUUUAUUGAACCUUCCAAUAUUUUGUUGUUUAUGUUAAUAUUUACAAAGGCUUCUAACCGUAUUUAAUAAAUGUACGCUAGGUAUAAACUUUCC